AAAUUUCACUUGUCACAUUCGCCAGUAGAACCUGUCAAAUAAAAUGUCGAACCUAUUUGUGCUCGCUUUGUUGAUUGGCAUAUCAAACGCCUGCCAUGCGGCCAGUCUGCCGACGACUAACAAUGUCCAACUAUUUGCAGAACGUAGAUUAUCUAGCUUUCUAUUGGAGGCAACGGCGAGAAAUUCACCACGCAACAUCGUUUGUUUCGAGGAAUAUUUGCCGAAGCUAAAUCAGCUCACAGAUGAAUAUGAACAGGCCUAUGGAUCGUGUUUGAAUGCUACGGCCAAUUCAAAGCAACGUGUCGAAUCGGAAGUUGCCAAAGAUCGCAGUAAUGUUGAAGCCUUGGCAGAGGAUGUGUGUCAGCUGUACUCGAAGUGUUCCACAGUUGUGGCUUCAGCUGACUUUUUCGAAUGUUACUUCAAUGCGUCCGAACAAGCCGCUGUCAAUUCCUAUACGAUCCAAACUACUUCGAAGAGCAAGUCCCAAUACAUCCAACUGCGUUAUCAAACCAUUCAGUAUGAUGAAACUGUUUGCACCGACACCUGUAAGGCCACCUAUGUGGAGGAAACUGCCAAGACCUAUGCUGAGUUGGAUAAAUGUCUGGCUGGUUUAUCGGCUUAAAAAGCGAUGUGAAUAUCUAAAUAAAGUCUUAAGAAAAUAAUAACAAUAAGAAAUAGUAGCAAA